AUGGCGGAGUCAGUGAGAAUACUGAGUGGAGGCUUGUCUACUGAGCUGGAGGCUGCUGGAUUCCUCAUCCAGGGAGAUCCACUCUGGAGUGCAAGACUUCUUCAUACCAACCCACAGGCAAUAAAGAAUGUUCACACAAGUUUUCUCAGGAGCGGUUCUGAAGUCUUGAGUACAGCUACCUACCAAGCUAGCAUUGAAGGAUUUGUACAACAUUUGGGUGUGAAUGUAGAUGAGGCAGCAGAACUUUUUAAUGUGGCAGUAUCUCUUGCUAAGGAAGCUGCAGAAGAAUUCAACAUACAAUCCUCAGAAAAAAGAAAUAUUUUAAUUGCGGGAUCUAUUGGCCCUUAUGGAGCAUUUCUUCAUGAUGGCUCUGAGUAUACAGGAAGUUAUGUCAGAGACAUGAGUAUUGAGGAGUUAAAGAACUGGCACCGGGUACAGAUGCAAUGCCUAGCAUCUGCUGGAGUUGAUAUGUUUGCUAUAGAGACUAUUCCUUGUCAAAAGGAGGCCGAAGCCCUGAUACAAGUUCUCAAGGAGUUCCCAAAUUCUAAAGCUUGGCUGUCCUACUCAUGCCAGAACAUAUCAUCUACCAGUUAUGGAGAGAAGUUUGAAGAAGCAGUGAAAGUUUCAGCAGCAACACCCCAGGUGGUGGCCAUUGGAGUGAAUUGCUGUUCUCCUGAUUUCAUUAGCCCCCUCCUAUCUUUAGCCAACAAAAAAAAGCAGUCUACAGAUCGACUGGAUUGUUUACCCUAACAGAGGAGAAAGAUGGGAUCGUGAUCUGGGCUGGCAAAGUGGUAGUAGUGGACAACCUCUAAGUGAACAUGCUCUUGAAUGGGCCCAAUUGGGAGCUAGAUGGAUUGGAGGUUGCUGCCGGACCACUCCAUCAGAGAUUGAAAGUCUACGAGAAACUUUACGGACCAGAGGUCCAAACAAGCAAUAA